AUGGCUCACAGUGCAAGCUCUUCAACGAUGGGAUACAAAAACGAAAAGGGGGUUUUGUGUAACUGCAAAACGCUAGCACGGGUUGUACAAGCUUGGACAGACGACAACCCAGGACGACGAUUCUACAGCUGUAAAGGACGAAAGGUUGAGCAAGGGUAUGAAUCUUGUAACUUUUUUCAGUGGUAUGAUGUUGAGAGACCAUAUGGGUGGCAACAUCAAGCCUUGUUGGAGGCGAGAGAUAUAAUGCGUGCCCAAAAGGAAGAGAUUAAGCAGUUGAAGGAGUCUAUGAGAGGAUUAACUCAUGAUAGGGAAAGACAAUUGGAGAUUCCAAACUCGGUAUUGGAAGAGUUGAAAGCAAGUCGCGAAGAAUGUGAGGGACUUAAGCGUGAAGCACUGGUACUAAGCGAGAGGAGCAGAGUGUAUCGAAAUGUCCUAAUAUCCUCGACUUUCGGAUUUGUUGUGGUUACUGGAGUCAUGGUGGCGAUGGUUAAGCAUUAG